GCUCUGUUGGUGUAAUCCAAUGCCUCAUCUCAUAUUUUCUUGCUUGGGGAUACCAGCCACCCACGAAGUUAGCAUUGGACAAGAACUGCCCGUCAAAACUCGUAUGAUUCUAGCUCGUACGGUAUUAUGCUGUGCAAGCACAUAUGACUUUAUCUCUAUGAACUCAACAUCAGCCGUUACGGGGUCUAAGAGCAAAAGCCAAGGGACAGGACAGGACAGGACAGGACAGGACAGGGCCUGGUCUACAAUAAACCCAGCCCAACCCAACCCCCCUGGCCUCGCCUGGCCAUUUUCAAAACCCACCCACGCGGGGGAGGGGCACUUUGAUUCGUUUCUAGAUGCCUGAUGCGUUAGGGUGAUGUGAGGUAACUGGCCAUUAAACCACGCCCAAACUUGGUCUGCCGCGUUAUCCUGUGGAAGCAUAGCUUAACGGAGAGUGCAGACGCUGAGAAACGUUGCUCAAGGUCUGCAUAUGGAGAUUGUCUGUGUUGCUCUCCUCUUUUCCUCUCCGAAUUUCUGAUAUUCUUCUGUCCUAUCUUCUUUUUCACUUCUUCCUUGUUCCUGUACUAGUUCGUUGAGGCCCAUCCGAGAGACAACGUCGUCUCGCGGCCCAACUUGUAAGGCACCAGAAGCAGAACCACACACAUCCAAUCCUUUUCCACUCUCUACCUCUCGCCCCAACUUCCGACUCGACUCGACCUCGACGUGACGCUGCAAGCUGCGGUUGCCAUGCAUGAUCAGCCCCCAGACUCCAAUCAUAUCUGGGGGGUGCAAUUGCUCACGCAGCGUGGACUUCGUUGAGUGGCUCGACCGCUCGUCAUCACGACUACUUUGGCCCUUGCCCGUUGCAUUCCGACAUAUAAACUAGUCCAGCCUAGGACACCAGACUCUCGCUGUCCACUGCCCAGCGCGCGCUGAGCUGUGCUGUUUGCUGCGCUGUGCUGUGCUGUGCCGUGCCGUGUCUUCCCCCCCUUCUGGGUCCUGCAGGAGUCCAUCCAUCCCACUCUGCAAAAAUGAGGCUAGGAUACGAUCGAGACGUCGCUGACGGAGAGGCCCGACUUCCACUCGUGCGUCGCAGGCCCCUCCGCCCUGAAUAUGGAUCUCACGAUUGGUACGGCCCCAGUGACGUCGUGCCCUAUAACCAGUACCCAAUGCCCCAUCGGACCCGAGUCGACGAACUACAAAGGCCCAACGGAAGGACACCCAGGGGAUACCACAGGAGUAUGAGCCUCGAUGCAUACCCGCCUACAAUGCCCAUGCCGCCAGCACACUUGAUGCGUGCCUCGACAGACGUCUACAAGAAACGCCCUCAGUUCUCAGUAUAUGAAGCAGACGAAGACGACGAGGAUGAUGAGCGCUGGCCGGCUAUGAAGCCACGGGGUAGACACCCGGAGCCCGCGAGGCCCCGGCAGGUGGUCCGAAGACGGAGAGAACCUACGCCCGAGUCGACACCACCAACAGAUAGUGAGAGCGAGAGUGAAAGUGAGAGCGAGGAGGACAGCGACGAUCAGAACCAGAUAGAGGUUGUGGUGGAAGAACCAGAGGACAAACAUAGACGCCAUCAUCGUCGACACCGCCGAUCACCCAGCCCAGACGAUUAUCUCAGUUCACCGGAUGAAAAGAGAACACCAAGGAGGCGGAAUAGAAUACCGUCGCCAUCGACUUCGGACCAAAGAGAAAUAAGAUAUCGACAGGCUUCUUCUGAAAGAGGCUCACCAGACCGCAGACCUGCUCUGAGACGAGAGAUCAGCGAUACACCUAGAUACAGUCUUCCCACAAGAUUUAACAGUGUGCUUGGUGCGUCUCGGCCACCUGUAGCGUCUAGAAGAACUGCCAAGGUGGUUGAGUCUCGUGAAUUAGUCCGUGAGGGCCGUCCUCGGAGACUCCCUAUAGCUACAAUUGAAACUGUUGAAGUUUCUAGGGAGUCUUCGCGUCGUCCUCCAAGUAUAGCCCGCAGCGGUUUGGAUUCGUCCCGAAAUUCAUCCCCAGACCGACCACGUCUAAUCCGUGAUUGUAAGGGCUGUUUAGAAGAACUCCCUAUAUCCAAAUGUCCCAAACUUGAUUGCGGCCAUCGCAUGUGCCACAGCUGUCUGAAGAGGCGGUUCAAGCAAUCAAUGACAGAACCUGAACAUAUGCCGCCAACAUGCUGCACCGAUGCCCACAUUGGUCUGGAGCAUGUUGACAAGCUUUUUGAUUCUACGUUCAAAAGAAUAUGGAACAAGAAGUUUGUUGAGUACUCCCUCAGGAACAGGCUCUACUGUCCCUCACGACGAUGCGGUGAAUGGAUUCGACCAGCUGAUAUUUACCGUGAUCGCGAGACGGGACGCAAAGCUGCUCGCUGUGAUCAGUGCAACACUAAGGUCUGUGUCGCCUGUAAUGGCAGGUGGCACUUUGCGAGCAAGUGUCCCAGGGACGAAGAGACGGCGAGUUUUCUUGAAUAUGUCAGAGUUGAAGGGCGGAAGAGAUGCUAUAGAUGCGGUGCUUCAGCUCAGCUCCGAGAGGGCGACAAUCAUGCCUUGUGUCGAUGUGGUGCCGAAUUCUGUCUCGUUUGUGGAGAGAAGCCCAAAAGAUGCGACUGUCCAUGGUUCGACCCUGAUGCCCCCGAAUCCGAUCACGAGCCAGAUGUUACACAUCGAGGCGAGAUUCAAGUCUUUCGUGAAGAUAGCACAGAAGAAGAUUCUCGUGUUGCUAGACGGCCGCGAAAAUCUAAACCUACACGACCACCGAUUUACGAUGAAGAAGCUAUUAUGCGCCAACAACAGGAGGAACGUGAUGACGAAUUGGUCCGCAGGUCACAUUAUCACGGCAAAGACUACGAAUACGACAUUGGCGGUGCUCCAGAAAUACCUAGGUCCAGCGAUCCUUACUCAGGCGACAGUCCUCGCCGUGUAGGUCGCAGAGUCGUCGGCGGUGCUCCCCCAUCACCCAAAGACUUUGAAAGAGGCACCCCCAGAAGCGGAGGAUACUACGGCGGCCGCAUGGACAGACGCCAUGCCGAAGACCGCUACGCCCCAGACUCUCCAGGCAUGCGCCCGCCACCAAUGGGAAUGCCACCCCCCGUGAUAGAGGAGGGAUACCGCGGAGGUGUAGGCCCUCUGAUCGUGGAGCGUGAUCCGAAUACUUACGACGACGACGAUUCGUACUACAGCCACAGCUCGCGCAGUCGAAAGGGUACACGACGUAGUGAGAACCGCAGGUCUUCCGAGCUCGCCGGUCUUGGUCCACGGACACCGGGGACGAAUCGGAUCGAUGUGUGGCGGACGUUUGUUGAGCCCGGUGAUCCCGAGGGGGAGAUAGCCGCUGCAGCAGCUGUUACUGCAUGAGACGACCAAUUUCUUAGACAUUUUUAUCUUGAGCAAGAUUGAUAGAUUGUCCUUUUUUGUAUGAUAGUCUUUCUUUUUUGGUCUAGAGUUUAAUUUUGGUGGGAACUUGUCGCAGGCAUGGGAUGUUACGCAAAGGCCAACAGAACUCUCUAGACGCACGGCAUGUCAUGGUAUGGUAGAAGCAUAAGCAUAAGCGUGAGUGUGAGUGUGAGUGUGAGCAUCAGAUCUGAGAAGGAUAUGAUAAUACUUGAUGUCAUCUAGCCUUGAUAUUUCUUCAUAAAUUAUUUAUUCUUCUCUCAAAGUGCCUCUAUCCGGUCUCACAGCUGAGAACUUACACAAUGCCCAGAAUAUCAUGGUCUCAGACCAAUUACUAAAACGAUAAAAAGGCUUCGACCAUGCAAACGUCACCUACAACAAUAUUCUAGUUGCCAUAGAACCCCUUGAGCCCAUCCGCAGUACGCUUACCCAAUGCUUCCAACGUUCCCAUACUAAGCACCUCGAGUGUGCUAAUCUCAAAGCCAAAUGUGAGUUUCCACCAGCCACCCAACACAACAGCAACCAAGGAGUCAAGUCCCAUAUCCGCGGUGUUGAUAACCAAACUUGAGUCUCUCGGGCAGCGGGAUGACUCCCUGGUCGGGAAAAGAUGUACUAGAACAUGAGCUUGAAAAAUGAAAGGACCAGGGCAAAUUCUAGGUAUGAGUACAGCUAGUUACUCAGGAAUGCAUCUAUACUGCCAAUACAUUGACAAGUAGAUAUGCUAUCAACAAUCAACACCUACUUUCCCCCGGCCCUCACAAGACUAGCAAACCUGCUUCUUUCUGUACUAGCCAACUUUUGAGGAUUUCCAACCUCAACAAGCUUACCAGUAUCGAGAACAACAACCGUAUCGAAAUCCAUAAUCAUAUCCAAGCGAUGACUUACGGCAAUCACCGUGUAUGCGGCAAACUCUGUCUCGAUGAUCCGCUUGAUGAUGAGUUCCAUGUCCUGAUCGACGCUGGAGUUGACUUCAUCGAGCAGCAAUAAGCCACCUUGGUCCUCCAUAUUUUCUCUCAUAUUGCCAAAGCCUGCUAACUUCUGUGCUCGGGCUCGCCGUCGCAGCAAAGCACGCCCCAUCGACAUCAGUUGUCGUUGGCCUCCGCUAAGAGUUGAAGACGUCAUGCCAGCAUCGAUUCCACCACGACCCUGAACAAAAUCCCAUAACCCGAUAUCUAUAAGAACUGAUUUGCAUUCAUCCGAGGUCGAGAGGCCUGAAGGGUCCAGGUUCUCUUUAAAAGUCACGCCGUCGGGCAAGAAAACGGCCUCUUGAGGCACCGCGAUGACUCUUUGACGAAGAGCAUCUCUGUCUAGCCUGUUAAGUGGGAGACCAUCAAUCAGAAGACCUUCAUCU